UGAGCACCAUGCAGACACUGCCAGAUCUAUUUCUAUCUCUUCUUUCCAAUGCGUGUCGAAAACUAUUACACCUUCUUACUAAAAAUAUUCGACGGACUGCCGCCUCGUUAGCAACCCCAACUACACUCUCUCACUCGCUUUCCUCUCCCCCAACAUUGACCGUUAUCAUUGUGCGAUCGAUUGAUGCCAAGUUACACAGCCAUUGAUCCUGCAUAAUCAGUUUUUCUGAGCAAUAAAGAAAAAGGACAGAAGCUAGGACUUGCUGUUAGAUGCCUGUGGCUUCUUAUGCCUUGGUUUGACAUAAAGGUAAAUUGAUCUUAAAGAAUGGAAGAACAGGCCAUGGAAAGGGAGAACCAGGAAUGUGAAGAAAACAGUGGAAAGAUGAGCCGGAUUUUAGAUAAAGGGUUGGCGCUGGGAAAGAAGAUGUUGAUUACUGGUUUCGUCAUAUCAUCAGCACCGGUGGUUCUUCCGCCACUUGUGGUUCUCUCAGCACUUGGGUUUGCUGUUUCUGUCCCCUAUGGGCUUUUCUUAGCAAGCUAUGCUUGCACUGAGAAAAUUAUGAGUAAAUUACUUCCAAGUCCUACAACUCCUCCUCCUUUUGUGGAAGAUGGUCUAACAAGAGAUGGAGGAGAAGAUGCAGGGUUUGGAGGAAAUGUUGAAAUGGAAAAUGAGGAAGAAGUGCUAAAAACAAGGGGGGAGAUGAGGUUUGACACAGAUGAGAAGAGAAAUGAGGAUGAAGUGAAUGUUUUGAAGGGGGAACUUUAUGCUCAAAAAGGAUUUGAGAAGGAGGAGAAAGAAAUAUUGAAUAAUAAGGAUGAAGUUGUGGAGAAGAAUGGAUAUGAGGAAGAUGUCGAUGAGGAUGUAGACAAAGAGGAAGACUCAUUAAAAGAGAUUGAGAUACAAAAUGAAGGAAUAAGGGAAAAGGAGAAAGAGGAACUACUGAUAGGAAAAAACAAGGAUGCAACAGAUGAGAUACAAAUUGAAGGAAUAAGGGAAAAGGAGAAAGAGGAACCACUGAUAGAAGAAAACAAUGGUGCAACGGAGGAGAUAUGUGGAGUUAUGAUAGUAAUUGAGGGAAAGGAGAAAAGUGGCGGCUAUACUAAAGUGGAGGAGGUGCCAUUUGAAGUGACAAAUGUGGCUGUAGAAUUAUGUCAGGGAGGAGAUAAUGAAGGCAAAGAAUUAGUGAGUGAGACUACAGGAUUGGUAGAAAAAAUUAGGGAUGAGGGCAAAACUGAUAAAGGAGUGGACAAUUACAAGCAAAGUGCAGAAGAUGUCCAUGGAGGUGUAGAGGAAGGGCUAAAGGAAACUGAUCAAAAUGUUGAAGAAACUGUAACACAGUUAGGAGACGGGAAUGCUACUGACUGGGUUGGCAUAGAGGCCAGGUCAAUUGAUCAAAAAGUAGAAGAAAAAAGUGAUAAGGUAAGUUUACUUGAAAAUCUAGAGGUGGAACAAAUGGGAGCUACAGGAAGUGCCCCUGUUGUCCAAGGGGAGCAAGUAUCUGGAAAAAGGGCUGAUGAUAACAUUAGAGAACAGGAGAAGUCUGAAGGAAGAGCACAGGAACAUAUGGCUAAAUAUGAUAAACGAAAUCAUGAACUCAAUGGGAAGGAAAUUACAGUUUCUUCAAAUAUAGAUGUAAGAGAAAUUGCAGAUGGAAGUGGAAUUGACUUGUUUGAUGAUAAAUGUGCAGCUCAGCUGCAGCAUUCCUCUGUAGAUUAUGUUACACCAGAAGGAAGUGAGCAACCAAGUUACAAACUCGAAGAAAAUUCUGAUCUCUUGGAACUCACUAUUCCGUCAAGGGAACGAGAACUUGAACAUGGUGGAAUUUCUGAUCAGCCCUUGCCUACGACAGUUAAUUGCUUUUUCUUCCAUGUUUCCUGCUCAUUGAUCAAUUGUACCAAGCACUUGCAGCUUCUACCAAUGAGCAUAAGCGCACCUUACAGCGAGGAGAUCAUAUGGAAACAAAUUGAUGCCAUGCGCACAAUAGUGGGAUAUACAGCUGCACAACAAGGGACAUAUACCGAGGAGCUUAAGGCUCUUUACGUUUUCACUGGAGUUGAGCCACCUGCUUCAUUCAAGGAUCCCUCUGAUCUGGCGGAAGUUAGUGAUAAACUUAGGUUUCUGAUGUCCAUUGUUGGAGUACAAUAAAGGCCUAGUGUAUCAAGAACUGGAUGUCAUACGUUUUGCAAGCAUGUUCAUAUGGUUGCUAUGCUAAUAGUGUGAAUUUUGUUGUUUGUGCAAUCUGAAGGGUUUUACUUACAGAAGAUGGCCUGCAAUUUUCGAACACUAAAGGCUGUUGCUGUUUCUUGAUGUAUUUGGACAUAAUUUUUGCUUCUUGGAAUAUCCUGAGUAGACUUACUUUUGAAUUUUGAGUGUAUGUGUGUUGAGACACAUCCAACUUAUUUGAUUUUACAUAUGAGUUGACUCUAUAUGCCAAGAUGGCCAUGAAUUUUCUGAGAUAGGGACACCAAACUAUGUAUCUGCCUUUGAAGGGGCCUGUAAUUGGAAUACUGGGAACAGCCUAUCAAGCAAACUUCCAACAUGCAUUUGUUCUCUCA